UCGAGUGGUCUGGCGUCUCCUCAAGGUUGGUGACCUUUACCUUCUCUAGUGCUUCUAACUCAUUUCCUCCUCGUCGGGAUCGGAGAUCGGAGGUCGUGAUCGUCCCAUCUCAUUUUAUUCGCUCUUACGCUUCGCAAUCUUAGUGAAUCCGGCGGCGAUGACGAGCAAACGUAAGGUUCUUCCCCGCAUCCCUCGCCGCUCCAGCUUUCACAAUGUCCCAGCUGCUGUUUACGCCGUUUUAUACGCGAAGCAAAAACAGGUUGUCAUCAUACCUGAUUCAUCAAAAGCAUCGGAAAUAACCAAUUCUCCCAGUUCAAACUUGAUGGAAUUAGGGAAUCCUAGCUCUGUUGCCCCUGUACCUGAUUCUUCGGCAACAUCAGAAGCAUUGGAAGUUCCCAUGUCGCCUUGGCCAAACUUGAUGGAAUUAGGGAAUCCUCGCUGUGUUCAUUUGGCGGAUGAACUUAACAUUCAGGCUGUUGCUGCUGCUGCAGCUGCUCAAUCUCCUAAGAAUGGAGCCAACUUUGAUUGUCUCAUAUCAAGAGAGCUUAACCAAAAUCCAUGCUUGAAGUCGAUCCCAAAUCAUGGCAAAUUAUAUGAAUUUGUGGCUAUGAAGCAUCAUACAAGUAGAAGUGAUAUUGUUUCAUGCAAUUCAUGCUCCACUGAGUCCAAUUACGACAGUUCCAUGUCCUCCGAAUCCUUCGAUGUGCAAACGGAAUUGCAGGAACUGAGGGAAGAACAUGGAGAAGAAUUGUCAACAGUUGGAGAUAUUUAAACACGUAACUGCUCAAGAACAUUCUGUGUCUAUAUUGCUUUGUUUUUUGUUUUUUGGCUUCACAUUCCAUCCACUAAAUAAAUUCAUGAAGCAUGGUAACUCCUGACCAGCAGUACAAUUGUUAUAGGUGUGUCUUAUAUGAAAAUUGAACCUCAGUUAUUUGGGAUGUAUUCGGCCUCUUACCUUCACAUCAUGCGCUGGGGGCUGCUUUGUGUAGUUGUGUACAUAUAAUUGAGUGUUGGAAAUGGUUAUUGCAUGCCAAGUUGAACAAUGUUUGUGUUGAAAGAGGUUAUAAAAUUUGAAUCUUAGAUUCAAA